GGGCGGGGCUUAUAUGAUGUCAUCUGAGUAAACAGAAAAGAUGGCGACGCCAUACACCGGAGAUCGGGUUUUAGGGACAAACGCUGUUAUUUCAGAGAGUUUCGCCAAACAGUUAACCGAUUUACCAGCGGAAUUAUUAGAGCAUAUAUUGUGCUUCCACGUUCUAAACCAUAUCGACAUUUGCAACGUUUCCUGCACGUGCAAGAGGCUGCAUGACGUGUGCCAUGGCAGGGGAAAGGUCUGGGCGCAUCAGUACAAACUCAGGUGGCAUACAUUAAAAACAUUUCUAAAGCUUGAUACCUCCAUCAACCUCCAGUUUAUCAAACCGUGGCCCAGGCUGCAGAGAUUUUAUCAGCAAAAUGAGUCAUACGAUUGGCUGAAAGAAUUCAAAACCCGGCACAUGGUUGGUCAACAGAUAAGAAGAACAGUAGAGUCUAUUUCCAAGAGGUUCUUCACAGAAGUUCCUUGCGUUGGUCAGGUUCUUGGAGACAGCUUUGCGGAAAUCGAGUCUCUUGGUGCUCCAGAACACUUCUGUGAGGAUGAGCUGCUUGGCAUUUUGAACUCGGACAAAAGGAAAUGUUUGACACUUAAGUACUAUGCAAAGAAAAUCCUGUACUUCCUCCGGCAGCAGAACAUACUGAGGAAUUUGAGGGUUUUCCUUGAGAGACCACCAGAACAACAAUCAGCCCUCGAAGGUGCUGUUUUGGUCGAUCGGUAUUGCAACCCUCUGGCUGAUAUCACUCUUGAGAGCAUAUCUGCGCAGAUAGAAGAACUCACUGACAAGGUGAAGAAGUAUCUGCGAGUAAAAAAUGCCACACACCCAAGUCUACGAGCCAGUCAAGGUGACUGCUUUGUUCUGGAAAACCUGGAGUUUCAAAGUCAAGUCAUAUGUGCUCUGAAUGCCGUGCUGUAUGACCAGCUGCAGUACAAGGGCAAUGAGCGGGACUACUACAAUCCACUCAACUCAUACAUACAUCAGGUGCUGCUCCGUAGGACAGGCAUUCCCAUCAGCCUCUCUGUGCUUUACAUGACUCUGGCCAGGAAGUUAGGAGUUCCUCUGGAGCCUGUCAACUUCCCCAACCAUUUCCUGCUCCGCUGGUGCCAAAAUCAAAGGAGGAGUGAGGACAUCUACGACUAUGUAUACAUUGACACGUUUGGGAAAGGAAAGCAGCUGGCUGCUAAAGAGUGUGAGAAUCUGAUCCGACACCAGGUGGGAGCAGAUUACUACAGCGCUAUAAGCACCAGCGAGCUGCUGCUGCGGAUGGUGGGAAACCUGCUUAACAUCGGCAAAAGAGGGGAAGGGAAUGAGAAAUCAUAUCAGCUCCUGCGGGACUCUCUGGAUCUCUACCUCACUAUUAACCCUGAUAAUGUGCAGUAUCUUCUGCUGCAGGCCCGUCUCUACUUCCACCUGGGCAUCUGGCCUGAGAAAGUGUUGGAUAUUCUACAGCAUAUCCAGGCUCUGGACCCGUCUCAGCACGGAGCGGUCGGGUAUCUGGUGCAGCAUACGCUCGAACACAUCCAGCAUAAGAGGCAUCCAGUAGAGCUGGAGGUAAAGAAACGCAGCGAGCCUGACCACAGGGACGUACUGUACUCUGUAGGGCUCAUCAUGAAACAUAAGAGGUCAGGCUACAACUGCGUUAUAUACGGGUGGGACCCUAAAUGCACCAUGAGUCAGGAGUGGAUUAACACUAUGAGGGUCCAUCAGCUGUCUAAGGGGGCUGAUCAGCCAUUCUACAAUGUCCUUGUGCAGGACGGGACGUGUAGAUAUGCUGCGCAAGGUGAGUUUUUCUAGUGAGCCAAGAUUUAA